CUAAAACGACAGGGCGGAACUAACGUGGCCGUCAAUCAUACUCAGGAGGCGGGGAGACGGAUGUGAGAAAGCCAGGCUGGAGAGAAGCUUCUCAACAAGGCAAAAACAGCAGCGCUCUGCGAAAACCAUUUUAUCUACCCGUAUCCAACACCAUACCCUGGGGCCGACCAGCGACGUUUAAACCCUUUUGGAGAGCCCAUUUAAAUGUCCCUAUGGAUUACUAACACACUUUCGUCGAAAAACGGACGCAUUGUGCAACUUGACAGCGCAGCCCCGGGACCGCCUCACUGGUCACCUAGAGGACUCAAAGAGAGAUGAAGCAGACUCUGGAGGAGCCCCCAUACUUGACAGUAGGGACAGAUGUGAGUGCCAAGUACAGAGGGGCUUUCUGCGAGGCCAAGAUUAAGACUGCCAAGCGGCUAGUCAAGGCUAAGGUGACCUUUAAAGCAGAUCUGUCCACAGCUGAGGUCCACGAUGAGAGCAUCAAAGGUCCUCUAAAGGUUGGUGCUAUUGUAGAAGUGAAGAACCAGGAUGCAGUUUACCAGGAAGCCACAAUCAAUAAAUUGACUGACGCAAGUAUUUACACAGUUGUGUUUGACGAUGGCGACGAGAAAACCUUAAGGCGUUCCUCCCUCUGCCUUAAAGGCGCCCGGCACUUCGCAGAGAGUGAGACACUCGACAGACUCCCUCUCACCAACCCUGAGCAUUUUGGCACACCUGUCAUCGGCAAGAAGGGUAACCGGGGCAGACGAUCCAACCCAAUCCAAGAGGAGGACUUGUCUUCAUCCUCCAGUGAAGAAGAGGAGAGCGAUCAGAGACAGAAUGAAGAUCUGUUCGGAACGGUGGUCUGCGUGGAGGGAGUGGCUGCUGGGGAUAAAAAGAAGACCACGUGGUAUCCUGCCUUGGUCACCUCCCCGGACUGCCAUGAUGACAUCACAAUGAAGAAGGAAAGCAUCUUUGUCCGCUCAUUCAAGGACGGGAAAUUUUACAUGGUGCUUCGGAAGGAUGUGCGAGAGAUCGACGCAAAUUGUUCCCCUAAAGUGGAUGCAGGGCUCAAGCCAGCACUGGAUGCAGCCUUGGAGUUCCAGCAGCAGUUGGUCAUUCCCAGCACCUGGAAGACGGAAGUGAAAGAGGAAAGUUCCAGCAGCGAGGUGGACGAUGACGAUGAAGAGGAGGAGCAGGAAGAAGAUGCAAGUGGCGAAGACCAAGAGGAGGAAGUGGAACCGUAUCCAGAGGAGAGGGAGAACUUCCUGCAGCAGCUUUAUAAGUUCAUGGAGGACAGAAGAACGCCCAUCAAUAAGCGGCCUGUGCUGGGCUACAAGAACCUCAACCUGUUCAAGCUCUACAGGCUGGUGCACAAAUUGGGGGGUUUUGACAAUAUUGAAAGUGGCUCCAUUUGGAAGCAAGUCUAUCAGGACCUUGGAAUCCCUGUGCUUAAUUCAGCUGCUGGCUACAACGUCAAAUGCGCUUACCGCAAGUACCUUUAUGGCUUUGAGGAAUACUGCACUUCCACAGCCAUCACCUUCAAAAUGGACCUCCCUUUGAAGCAGGCCCCCAAGGGAGAGGUGAAGUCUGAGGUUGAGGGAGGAAGCCCAACUGCCACAUCAACCAGCCCAGAGGAACAGAAAGACCAUAGGAACGGAGAAGCAAUCCACACUCUGUCUGUAGUCUGCAAGGAAGAGAACCCCGAGUUGGAGCCACACAAAUGUGAGCCUGCGUCUACAAAAGCUGAAAGAAAGGACAGCAAUGGCGACAACAAUGUCGAUGAAGAGGAGGAGGAAGACAACAGCCCUUGUUUAGGAGACGCAGAUGAAGGCUCUUCAACAUCUCGCCUCGGAGCCGAUAGCAUCAAACAAGACCAUGAUGAGGAGCGGCAAAGCAAGGAUAACUCUGGGGAUGACAACAGUCAGGAGGGGGAGGAAGGGGAGGAGUUUGAGUGUUACCCCCCGGGGAUGAAGGUGCAGGUGAGGUAUGGGCGAGGCCGCUGUCUGAAGACGUACGAGGCCACUGUGAAAGAGGCAGACGUGGAGGGGGGAGCGGUGCGCUACCUGGUGCACUACUGUGGCUGGAACGUCAGAUAUGAUGAAUGGAUUAAAGCAGACACGAUUGUUUGCCCUGCCAAUAAGAAUGUACCAAAAAUAAAGCACCGCAAAAAAAUAAAGAACAAAGCUGAGAGGGAGCGAGACAGGCUGGAGAGGCUCGACGACGGCGAUGUCCUUGGACCUUCGCCCAACAAUAACCGUGUCUCUCUCUCCAAGUGUGACCUGACUCAGGAUGUAUUUUCCAAGAUAGACCAGGGCGUGGAGGACCCAGGGACUCAUCAUCAGUCUCCCAUCAAGUCUAUUGAAAUUACUUCUAUCCUCAACGGCCUGCAAGCCUCUGAGCUUUCCACAGAGGAAAGUGAGCAUGAGGAUGAGGGGGACAGUAACGAAAACAAGGCCUCACCGGAGCUUCAAAAACCCUCAGAACGGAACGAGAGUGACACGCCCACCGAUGGAGCCAAAUCUUCUGCAGAUUCCGAGAACAACCAGGAGAUAACCGGAGCAGAAGGGGUGAAGCGCAGAAGCCCGCCCGAUUUGAUGGGGGACACAAACACCAGGAAAAGGAAAUCUGAAGGUGCAGCAGAGAGGACCCCCAAAAACCUGUCCAAAGCUAAGAGGGCCACAAGAAGUGCAGACUGGCUGGCGGGCAGCUCUUCCAGGAAGCUGGAAGACAGAAGCGCUGGUGCCAUGGAGGACAGAGGUGCCUCCUCUAGUACCAGUUCAGAUGAGGAGGGUGCAGCACAUUCUGGGUCCCAAGCUGAAGAGACUGAACGAGGUCGCCCAAAAACCAAAGGAUCCCCAUCCAAGAAGUACAAUGGGACUAAGGAGAAGAGCAAAUCCAGCAGACAAGCUGGGUUCUGGGACAUUCCUGAAAAGAAGGCCAAGAUGUCUGGAAAUGGAGAGGAAAAGCCAGCUGUGCGCUCCAAAGGCCAAAAGGACGUGUGGUCCAGCAUUCAGGCACAAUGGCCCAAAAAGACUCUUAAGGAAUUAUUCUCUGAUUCCGACACAGAAGCUGCUAAUUCUCCUCCUCCACCUGUACCUUCAUGUCUGGACGAUACAAGUGUCGAACAAGAUGCAGGACCUGACGAUGAGAUGGAUGAAAAACUACAAGAGUUCCCCAGUAGUGGCAGUAAUUCUGUACUCAACACACCACCCACCACACCAGAGUCCCCUUCAGGUGGAGGCAGUGCAGUGGAAGACUCUGGCCAAGCACAGCCUCUCUCCGAGGCGCCGCCCACACCCCCUGGCCUGCCUCCAGAGUCGGCUUCUGUUGGCCUCUUGCCAGGAUUGGAGCAAGAGGAAGUAGCAGGCGGGCGCAGCGAGACCGACAGUAGCACAGUGGAAGUGGAGAGUCUCGGGGAGCUGCCGGACAUUCCUCAGGAUGAAGGGCCGGGCUCCCCACCUAAGGUGUUUGACGCCACGCUCUCCUCGAACAGCAGCAGCAACUGCAGUCUGGAGCUGAGCGGCAACAGCCAGCAGGAGAGCGAGCAGAAGUCCAAAGUAUCUGUGAGCCAGAAACGGCAGAAAGACUCACUGACAGGCGGACUCUCCAAAAAACCCAAGCCAAACCACAAGAGCCUUGUUAUGCCUCCCAAAAAGAAUAGGAAAGCAGCCAACAGCAGCGACAGCGAGGACCAGUCUGUGGUUGAAGGCUCUGCCAAACCAGCCGCCCCGAAGAAUGUCACAUCGGACGUCAAGGUUGCAAAGUGUCACAGCCGAUCUCCUCCGUCAAGCCAUAAGUACCACAAGCAGGGUGAUGCUGACCACUCGCAGCACAGGGACAACCACGGACGAUCAUCACGGGUCUACAAGUGGAGCUUCCAGAUGUCUGACCUGGAGAAGAUGAGCAGUCUGGAGAGGAUCUCAUUCCUUCAGGAGAAGCUUCAAGACAUCAGGAACCACUACCUCUCCCUCAAGUCUGAGGUGGCCUCCAUCGACAGACGACGGAAGCGCAUGAAGAAGAAGGAAAGGGAAAGCACCGUGGCGGCAUCCUCUUCAUCGUCGUCCUCGUCACCAUCCUCCAGCUCACUCACAGCAGCCGUCAUGCUGACACUGGCUGACCCGCCGGUGUCUUCAUCCUCCUCCUCUUCACAGAACUCUGGGGUAUCAGUGGAGUGCAGGUGACAGGACGUAACAGCAGAGAGCCGCCGCACUAAGCACUUAACCAGCACCCUGGGGCCAUCAUCCCCAUUCCCUUCCCGCAGAAUGGACAAGUCAACAACCUACUACAUACUGUAACGACUGGGGCACAACACCAGACAACAAAAACAAGCACUAUUUUCUAUUGAGGAAUGUUUUUUUGGCAAGCUAGUGGCACUUAAGUGCACUUUUAUGAUUGCGUAGUGGGGACGAAAUUAGUGUAAAAGAAGAUACACAAUUGUCUUUUGUGCUCUACCUAAUUGUAAUUGAACAUUUUUAAGUAUUGUUUUUGCAAGCAAUAACUGUUUCAAUUUGAUAUGAAAUGCAUCGGUAAGGGGUGUUUUCCUUCCCAUUUACUCCCUUCUUACGGUCAACAUGCCUGAGCGCUCCGUUUUAAUUACGGGGACUUCAAAAGAACACUGCCACAUUGGCAUAAAGGGCAUAUAUUCAGUGUUUAACUUAACCAUGUUCCCUGUCAUAAAAAAGAAAAACCUCAAUUGGUUGACAAUGCUCAUAUCUUCCACAGGCAUUCACAGGAGUCUUGAGGUGGACACAUGAAAUGCUUUUUAGCUAAUCUUUGCUCCACAUGUAGCCACAGUGGAUGGAUCAUGGAAUGAUACUGUAGUGCCUUUUUGUUCUCAUCCCUGUGGCACUUUCAGAAAGGACUGCACUUUUUUUCCCUGCUCCUCUUCUCAAAUCAGAGGGUAGCCUGGAAAGAAAUCCCUUAUGAAAGACUUCAGUGUGUGUGCACAUGCGUGUGUGUAAAGAGCUGUGAAUAAUGGGUACUGGUGGAAGUUAUGAGCAUAUUUAAAUUCAAUUUAAAUGCAACACAGAACUAUACUGGAUCACCUGUAAUCUACUACUGAAUAGUUAUAAAGCGUGCAAUGAUGCUGAAUGUAAUGGUCGCAUUACUUCACAUCAUCUGCGUUUUUUAACCAUCUGUUUGUGUAUGUCCGCAUUAUUCACUGGCUGUCAUUCACGUCUCAGACUGGAUAAUGAACUUGAAUAUAGCCAUACGAGUUAUUUACAGGCUAAAUGAAGAUGAAUCCUGCGUGUACAGUGCUGCAAACAUGGAGUUACUUUGUUUUCAUUGGCUAGAGGAUCAGUAGUUCAUAUACGGUACCAUGCCAACUGCCACACAAGGCUUCUAUUUACCCUUACCAAAAAUCUUGUUUCCUUUCACGGACUAUUACCAGAAUAAAAGUAAUGAUAUUGUAAAUGUGCAUUUAUAUUAUACAGAAAUGUAUAUGGGUGCAUUUCAGAUGACAUCGGUUUCCUUUGUAUAGAACCAUAUUCAAUGAUAACCUGAAGUUACAUCUUGUAUAGCAAUUGUAUGUAACUGUAUGCUUUUGUUAGAUUUGUACAUUGAGAAGUGUUUUGAGUCAAGCUAUUUAAUAUCUUGCACUGUUGAUAAUGUACUUUUCUGUACAGAGUUUUAUGGUUUUAACUGUAGUUUGGGUGUACAUAUUGAGACUUAGAGCAUGGUUGUUGUCCCUCUUGUCCCCAUACAUGUUUCUUGUAAGAAGAACAUUUGUUAUAACUUUUAUCCCUUUUUAAAUAGUUUUUCUUCUCUGUUUCCCCUUUUUUUAAAUGUCAUAUUUUGCUUUAGUUUGUAUUCAGUUCUGUUUUUCAUUUGCUUGUGAUUGUAAGAGAAGACUGUUUCGAAUGAGGCUAUUUUCCAAACUGCAUGGAAAAUGGUCUGGGUCAGAGAUUACGACAAUGGAGCGUGUUGAAAUAGUAUUUAUUAGGCUCAUCCGAUGAUGGUCAUUGUGUAAUUUAUUGUAAAAAUGCAAAGCAGGAGCCUCUGUUUGAAAUAAAUGCCAUAGUUUGUGAAGUAUCCUGGUUGUCUGUUGCUU